AGCCAGAGCCCGGCAGCUCAGAGACCCCCCGGGCAUUCAAGGCCACUGCGGCCCGGAGCGUUCAGUGGCUCGUCCCAGGAACACACUUGUCCCGACUCCCCGGUCCGCCCCUGCGUUCCCCAACUCCAGAGCUGGCUUGGCACCAGCUACAGCGAAGGUCAAAGUCAACAGACUAAUCUGCAGUCGGCGGGCCGUGAGGAUCCUUCUAUGCGAGGGAGCUUUAAAAUACGGCUCACGAAAGGGCAUUUCUGGACAUUCUAGUACAAGGACGCCAUCCAGACAACAGACGGCGUGGCCGGGUCGAGGACAUCUCUGGUGAUCUUGAAAGAGCCCAUAUCAUGGAAUCGAUCUCUAUGAUGGGAAGCCCUAAGAACCUUAGCGAAACUUUUUUGCCUAAUGGCAUAAAUGGUAUCAAAGAUGCAAGGAGGGUCACUGUAGGUGUGAUUGGAAGUGGGGAUUUUGCCAAAUCACUGACGAUUCGACUUAUUAGAUGUGGCUAUCAUGUGGUGAUAGGAAGUAGAAAUCCUAAGUUUGCUUCUGAAUUUUUUCCUCACGUGGUAGACGUCACUCACCAUGAAGAUGCUCUAACAAAAACAAAUAUAAUAUUUGUUGCUCUGCAUAGAGAACAUUACACCUCCCUUUGGGACUUGAGACAUCUGCUUGUGGGUAAAAUCCUGAUUGAUGUGAGCAAUAACAUGAGGAUAAACCAAUACCCAGAAUCCAACGCAGAAUAUUUGGCUUCAUUAUUCCCGGAUUCUCUGAUUGUCAAAGGCUUUAAUGUUGUCUCAGCUUGGGCCCUUCAGUUAGGACCCAAGGAUGCCAGCCGGCAGGUCUAUAUAUGCAGCAACAAUAUUCAAGCUCGACAACAGGUUAUUGAACUUGCCCGUCAGCUGAAUUUCAUUCCUGUUGACUUGGGAUCAUUGUCAUCGGCCAGGGAGAUUGAAAAUUUACCCCUGCGACUAUUUACUCUCUGGAGAGGGCCAGUGGUGGUAGCCAUAAGCCUAGCCACGUUUUUCUUUCUAUAUUCCUUUGUCAGAGAUGUGAUACAUCCAUAUGCUAGAAACCAGCAGAGUGAUUUUUACAAGAUUCCUAUUGAGAUUGUGAAUAAAACCUUGCCCAUAGUUGCCAUUACUUUGCUGUCUCUGGUAUACCUAGCAGGUCUCCUGGCAGCUGCUUAUCAGCUUUAUUACGGCACCAAGUAUAGGAAAUUUCCGCCUUGGUUGGAGACCUGGUUACAGUGCAGGAAACAACUUGGAUUACUAAGUUUUUUCUUUGCUUCGGUCCAUGUUGCCUACAGCCUCUGCUUACCAAUGAGAAGGUCAGAGAGAUACUUGUUUCUCAACAUGGCUUAUCAGCAGGUUCAUGCCAAUGUCGAAAACUCUUGGAACGAGGAAGAAGUUUGGAGAAUUGAAAUGUAUAUCUCCUUUGGCAUAAUGAGCCUUGGCUUACUGUCUCUCCUGGCAGUCACCUCUAUCCCUUCCGUGAGCAAUGCUUUAAACUGGAGGGAAUUCAGUUUUAUUCAGUCUACACUUGGAUAUGUUGCUCUGCUCAUAAGUACUUUCCAUGUUUUAAUUUAUGGAUGGAAACGAGCUUUUGAAGAAGAGUACUACAGGUUUUAUACACCACCAAACUUCGUCCUUGCUCUUGUUUUGCCCUCAAUUGUAAUUCUGGGUAAGAUCGUUUUACUCCUUCCAUGUAUAAGCCGAAAGCUCAAGAGAAUUAAAAAAGGUUGGGAAAAGAGCCAAUUUCUAGAAGAAGGUGUUGGAGGAGCAGUUCCUCAUCUCUCACCAGAGAGGGUUACAGUCAUGUGAUGAUAAAUGGUGCUCACCGGUGCCAUGUAGAGUUCCACUCAUGCCAUUAUUGUUAUGAAUUCCUUUAUGUUCAUUUGCAAGUGCACUGUCAAAUUCAUGUGGCCUGAAAUCUGUCCAGUAAGAUCCCAACCAAAUUAGUGGUCAGUUUUUUUAAAAAUUAAUUUUCACAGAUGUCUUAUUUUGGCACUAUGAAUUUUUGUAGUCAACUUGUACAUUUUGUUUUGCAUAACCGUAACAUUUCUGUUACUUUGACAAACUGUAUUCCAUUAUCAGGCAAAGAUAUUUCUGGCUAAUAAUAUAGAUACAGCAUAAUGUCCAAAAAAAAAAAAUAACCUUGCAAACCAGCAGAGUUUUAAGUUUUAAUAUAAUUUAAUGGAUAUAUGUUCUUUGUUUCUGAAGCUUACCUAAGGUUUUAAUUGUUAUCCGGCUCAAGAAAUAGACAUGCAUAAUCAUACAGUAACUUUAAGAAAGGUCACUCACAUUAGCAUCUAGGUAAGGGUGAAUGGUAACAUUCCUAUAUUUUUCUCAGAAGAUAGGGUUUGAAUAAUGUAAUUAAUUGUAUGAACCAGUGUGAUUUGUGAAGAAACACAAAUUUUAAAAAAACAAUUUGAAUCUGAAAUUAUAUUUGAAAUGCAAUGGAGACAUGAAAUGCAUACUGAUAAUACGUACCUCAUGAAAGAUUUCAUUCCUUAUCUUGUUACAGAGCAGUUUCAUUUGCAUGUUAUUAUGUUGGUUAGGGAGAAGACUGUAAUAUUUGGAUUCCAAAAUUGAUUUUUCUAACAUUGUACCACGCCUGUGAAUAUUAAAGUUGUUUCUAGUUAGAGGGAAGCUAUGAAGUUUACCCACCAGUAAUUGGUCAGCUGAUCUACAGCGUUGCAUCUUAGCCAUUCAUCCCUCUAUCUUGCAUAAAAUUUGACUGACAUUCACUGAGAGAUUAUAAUAUGCCAGGCAGUGCUCUCAGCUAUUUGUCUUAUCCCAUGUUAAUAUUUACAGCAGCCCUGUGACAGAGGUAGUUAUUAUCCUUAUUUUACAUAUGAGAAAACAGAAGGAUAGAAAAAUAAUCUGCCCAAGAUCAUGCAGUUAAUAAGAGGCAGAGCUGGCAUUCAAGUCUAGCCAUCCUAUUUCAGAGGCUAUAGUUUUAACUGCUAGGCUGAUGGCCCCUGCUUCAUCCACAUGCGUUACCAACAUGAUGCCAAUCUAGAUGCUUCCUCUUUUGUCAUAAAGGCAUUGACAUUCUUUACAGUGUGUGUGGGUAUCAAAAAUUUAUGAAAAUAUUACAGUCACAAAUUUAUAAUUGCUUGUGGGAUGAUAUACAGUUCCUAACCUUGCGAGAGGAUCUUCCCUGGGACAUGACCUUGGAGACCCAUGGCAGUCCAUGUGAUUCCCUAGACAGUGUUGGGACACCAGCAGAGAUAGGACCAUAGCAGUUUUAAUGAAUGGCUGAGAUCCUGUAGAACCUUUAAAAAUCCCUGUCGUGUUGGUCACCUCUUUUUCUCUUCCUGAGAGGUCCUUCUGCCUAUUCAACCAUUCAUUAGCGAGCAGUUUGCAAGCAUGAAGGAUUUUAAGAAGAGUGGUUAAUUAUAAAUCUACUCUAGAGACAUAUAAUCAUACAAAUUAUUCAUAAAAUUUUUCAGUACUGACAUUCCACAUUAAAAUUGCAUUUUGUUCAAACUUUGAUUAGAAUGCCCUACAUUUUUUCCCAUUUGUUCUUUCCUUAUUAAAAUAGUUGCAGAUAAGAUACAAUUAUAUGCAUUAUGUAAUUAUAUAUUCUGCAAUUAUAACAUUUCUAAACUUAGCCACUGAGGUAUUACUGAAUGCAGCAGCCAAAAUAAAAGGAGUUUUGUUGGGGGCAGAGGGAGGAGAGAGAGAGAAUCUUAAGCAGGCUACAUGCCCAGGGGCCCAGUGCAGGGCUUGCUUGAUCUCACAAUCCUGAGAUCAUGACCUGAGCCAAGAUCAAGGGUCAGACAUUAACCAGCUGAGCCACUGGGCACCCCUAGAAGGAGUUUUAUUUAUGGAAGCUACCUUUCCCACCAUUGGCUCUUUACCGACUACUGCAACCUGUCAAUUUGGUAAAUCACUCGAUUCUCUCAUAUUAUUUUAAUUUUGUUCUUUCCCUCUUGAUAAUCACUUACUUGCUAGUUCUUGGUAGGAAUUCAGUUGGGUGAUAACUUUUAAAGGGAGACACCCAUAAACUGUUGUAGCUCACUACUGAAAUUAACAGCAUAUUUUCAAUAUUUGUUCCUCAAGUUUCACUCUGUCAAGACCACGCUUUUACCAUUUAAUGUGAAAAUACAAUGAAAUAUUUUUAAAAGUUAGAUGACUAUUGAAUUAUAUUGCUGCAUGUGUAUAUUAAAUAGCCAAUGAUAUAAAUAAUGUUAUCACUACUACAGAUAAAAGGGGCCUUUGAAAAUGUGAAAAAAACAAAAUUUAUGAAAAUGUAUAUAGGAUGUAACUUUUGUCUCAUGAUAAUAUCUUCCUUUUAGUACUACAAAGAUGAAAUAAUUUUGAAGUUUCACAAUAAAUGUAAUAUAUUCAUUAUAAUUCUAAAUGUUUAAAAGCCUUUCUAAAGAUACAAAAAUAUUGACUUUUAUUUAUUUGACUUUUAAUUGCUUUAUUUUACCAUUUUCUACCAGAUUUUUUUUCUUAAUCAUUAUUUCUCAUAAUUACCUUUUUAAAAAUCAUUACUCUGGCCUCAGAAGUAGGAUUGAAUUCUGCUCUUGCUAGAUGUGAGAAAAUGGUCGGAACUUUAAAGUAGUGGGGAUUCUUUACCAAUCUGUAUUUUGAGAAGUGCCCCUGAGAAAAUUAUAAGAAUGUAGAAAAUAUGCCCAGUCUUAAUCCUAUGCAAAAAACUAAGUAAUUUUUUCCUAAGAGGAAAAUAAUCAUGGGCUGAAUCAUGCUAUUUAUUUAGCUUUUGUGUGAAGAUUUCAUGUCUCCUCUAUUAAGAAUAUUUAAAAUCAUGUUUAAGUAAGAAUAUAUUCAUGUGAACAUAUAUUUUUCAAGGCAUAUAUGGAAAUUUAGCCCAGAUUGUCUACAUGUAGAGAUUUUUAUUUAAAUUUUAAAAUAUUUUAAAGUAUGAAGAAAUUAUAUUUAUAGGUAUUUAUUGGAGAUAAUUAUUUUGUGCUACAUAUAGAAUGGCUAGUGAGCUCCAGUAUUAAACUACCUGAUUAAUUUCUUAUGAAUUAGCCUAAUCUUAAUUUGAUUAAGGAAUUUUACUUCAAAAUUAAUUUGAUAAUAGUAAUUUAAGGUAUAUUCAUACCUACAAAUUAUGAAAAUUAUUUGUGUAAAAGGGCUUCAAGAAUAUAUCAUAUCCAAUUUUGUAUUGUUUAUCUCUUACAUAAUAUGAAAAAAUUUUAAUUCUUCUUAAUUGCCUUUUGCCAUUAAACUAUUUCAUAAUAAAUCCUGUACAAAGAAUUUUGCCCCCAAUAGAGAUUUGUUUGUGAAAUAUAAGGUUUCUUAUGUGAUAUUUUAAAGUACCCAUACAUGUAACUCAUAAAUAUUUCUUUAGGAUUACUAUAAACACUGAACCUGUGUCCAUCUACAGACUCUCUGUUUUGAAAUUAGUAUUCAAACAGCCUAAAAUUUGGUGUUGAAAUUAUUUUGUGAAUUCUUGACUUAAAGUAUUACUACACAUAGUAUAACAUGCCUCAGUCCAGUGUUCAGAUUUCUACUUGUGAUGUGUUGUCAUGAAAAUGAGAUGCUCUACCUUCAGUUGUUCAUAAGUCAAUAAAACAAAUUCUGGUAAAUAUUCA